AUGUGGCAAGGAUUCGGCAUUUACAUGGCAUUGUUGCUGUGCCUGGCGAGCGUACAAGCGGCUAUCAUACGGAGCGAGCAGCAACAGGAGACAACCACAAUAUUCGACGGGCUGGCAGAGGCUGCCAGCACUACGGUGGCACCAGAAGAAAGCACCACGCACAAAGCCGCGCUGAACCGCGUUGCCCUGAGUCGCGACCAGGAUGCCAGCGUGCAAAUUGGAUUGGCCAGUGUAGAUCCUGCGCCGGGCACCAUCGAGGGCGACCUGAUUGUGGUUGGUGGCAAGCCUCCAAUGAAGUCGGCUAAGCUGUUGCUGCUGAGCACGCCAGCCAAGCGGCCGGCAGAGGUGGAACAACAGCUUGAGGAGCAGGACGAGAGCGACACAGCCGCCGCCGCGGGCAGCGGUGAGAGCGGGGUCCCAACCACAACGCUUAGCUAUAUGCAGGAGCUGGAGGGUACCACCACUGCCGAGAAUAGUGAAUCUACAACAACGGCAACCACAAUUGAGAGCAGCGACCGCCAGACAACAAAACUGUUUCCCAUCAAUGCGACAAUAUCCUCGCAGGACUCGUCUGAGCCCAAUGUGGCCAUCGCCCUGGCCACGGACAAUGCCACAAUUGCGAUUGCCGAACAGCCGCAGGCAGCUGGUGACAACAAUGUGGCCAUUGAGCUGGCCCUUGUCGAGCCCGAGGCGGAAUACGUGCUGGUCGAUGUCAAUGCUGGCCUGCAGCUGGCAUCCCCACCAUCAACAGCCACACAUGACGAACUGCAGCUGGGCAGCUUCACGCACAUCGACAGCGAUGCCCACUUGCAGCCUGUGGUCCAUUCCGUAGAAAUUGUGCCCACCCGUUUCGAUGAUCCCCUGAUUGUUAACUAUGUGCACAAUUUGCGCUGA